GAGAAGUAGACGCCAACAGAAACUGUGGGAGCAGACUCAGACGAGUGAAAGACCUUCAAAAGCGCUUAAAGUUGGCCAACUGUUGGAUUCACAUGGUGAGAUCAAGAAAAUCUCUUCAAAUCAGUAUGAGUUGAAAGAGUGUCUCAACCUGCCAUGAAACCUCAUCUCUGAAUUCAAACAUGCGAAGCGCCAACAACAACAAUGCAUUUGGGACACAGUUAACAAACAAGAUUUCCUCAAGGCAGCGAGCAUCGCAGAAGAAACAGAAGAUUGGUCAGGACUCCAGAGAACGGUCUAAGAACCAGUUGACUCAAGGUUCUAGAGCCAGUGAUAAUGCUGGGACGUGCUUGCCUUUGGACUCUUCUGUCCCAGUUCCUGCUCUGUCCUUCCUCACCUCCGCAUUUCUUGUUGCGUUGUUAAGCAUCGGGACUUACUGGAACAGUCGCAAGGGUGACUUUGUCUUCGAUGACCUUGAGGCGAUCAUCAAGAACCAGGAUGUGAAGCCGGAGACACCGCUCUGGCAGCUUUUCAAGCACGACUUCUGGGGCCGGGACAUUGAGCUGAAGGAGAGCCAUAAGUCCUACAGGCCUCUCACUGUUCUCACUUUCAGGAUCAACUAUUACCUAGCUGGAGGCCUUCAUCCAUGGGGCUUCCAUCUUGUGAACAUACUCCUCCAUGCCGCUGUGAGCGUGUUGGUCUUGCCUGUGUCCUCCGCACUUCUUGCAGUGGUGACAGAUGCUGGAAAAGGGGUUGAUGGACGAUUCAUGGAAUGUCCAGGAGCCAGCUUCUUGUGUGCAAUACUCUUUGCUGUUCAUCCGAUUCAUACUGAAAAUGUUGCUGGUAUUGUUGGACGAGCAGAUCUUUUAUGUGCCUUGUUUUUCUUCAUGUCUUUCCUUGCGUAUUCAAAUGUUUGCAAAAAUGAUUCUUCUUGCCUCAAUUCAUCUCAUUUGUAUUCAAUUUUCGGUCUUGUACCCAGCAUGGUAUUGUGUGCACUGGCAAUGCUCUGCAAAGAGCAGGGCAUUACAGUUAUAGGAAUCUGUAGUGUGUAUGACAUCAUCAUCAACUGCGGUAUUGACCCAAUCUUAGCAUUAUCUACCACCUACGCAACUCUAAAGUGCCAUCAUGUGUUGCCAUCUAUACGGCUUGUCUUCUGUUCUCCGGAAUUAAGAUGGCUGAGAAAAUUACUACUCAGACACAUUAUUCUUGUCACUACAGCUGUUAUACUUUUAUUAACCAGAUUUUUCAUCAUGGGAAGUGGGAUUCCAUCUUUUCAACAAGUUGAUAAUCCAGCUUCAUUUCUUGAUAGUAUCUGGAUAAGGAUGAUCAAUUACAGCUACAUCUACUCCUUGAAUGCCUGGCUUCUUUUUAAUCCAUGGUGGUUGUGUUUUGAUUGGUCAAUGGGUUGCAUUCCUGUAAUCCAAACACCCCUUGAUCCUAGAGUGGUUGCUCCCAUUGUCUUCUGGAUAACAAUGGGUGCCAUUUUGCUUUAUUGUUUAUUUGGACCAGACCAUUAUGAAAGAAGAGUUCUGACUGUUUCCAUGUCCGCAGUGAUCAUUCCUUUCCUCCCAGCAUCUAAUGUCUUCUUCAGGGUGGGGUUUGUCAUUGCUGAACGUGUCCUCUACCUACCGAGUCUGGGAUUCUGUUUACUAGUUGUCAUGGGAACCAGACAUCUUUGUGUGAAUGCAACCCCUAUCAUGAAGAAAGCUAUCCAGGGUCUUCUCCUGACUUUGGUUGUCUGUCAUGUGAUCUGCUGUUACCAUAGAAACAAUGAAUGGUUGACCGAGAGACAGCUCUACCAAUCUGGGCUCAGAGUAUGUCCUGGAAAUGCUAAGGUUCACUACAACAUUGGCAAGAGUGCAGCAGAUGCAGGUCAUACACAAGAAGCUAUUGAUGCAUACAGAGAGGCCAUAAGGCUUCAUCCCGAUUACGACCAAGCUCUGAACAAUUUGGGUAACAUCUUAAGAGAUUUGAAUCAGACAGAAGAAGCGUACACCCUCAUUUCAAAAGCUGUCCAUAUCAGACCGACCUUUCCCGCUGCCUGGAUGAACCUUGGCAUUGUCCAAGCAACCUUGAAGAAAUAUCAGGAUGCUGAGGUCAGCUAUCUGACCGCUCUCAAACAUCGAAAACAUUAUCCUGAUUGCUACUUCAACUUGGGAAAUCUGUACUUAGUACUAGGCCGCACCGACCAGGCUAUAUCUGCAUGGCUGAAUGCUACAUCAUUGCUUAACACACACGCUGAAGCCUGGAGUAACACUCUGCUACUUCUUGAUAACCUAGGUGAGAAAUUGGUCACAAACAACAUUUGUGAAAAGUGUUUGCUACUGGAAGGGAAAAACAGCAAAAUCAUAUCCCUUUUUAUGAGUACUAGGUAUUUGGAAAUGAAGCAGUGGAUGCUCGCAGUGAAGGAGUGGGAGAGUGCUAUCACUCAGAAACUAGAUCAUUCCCGGGCUUGGUCCAACAUUCUGACAUUGUAUGAUGAUCUGGGUCAGUAUAACACUGCUAUAUCAGUAGGACAGGAAGCCUUGAGGCAUGUCAAAGAUGAUCCUCAAAUAUACUACGCUAUUGGCAAUGUAUUAGGCAAGAUGGAAAGAUAUAAGGAAGCGGAGGAAAUGUACCUUCAAGCCAUCCACUGCAAACCUGAUGUCGCUCGUUACCAUGGCAACCUUGCUGUCCUUUAUCACCGAUGGGGAAAGCUCGAGGAGGCCUACCAUCAGUACCAGAGGUCGCUGACCCUUGACCCCUCUUCAGAGGUCAUGGAAGAUAAUUUGAGAAAGCUUGGGAGGAAGUUAAAAAAGGGAUGAAUCGUGUUAAUUUCCCAUAUUCAGAUCAGUUUCCUCGAGCGAAGGGUUUGUACAGCAAACUCAGUGUGAAUGUUAUGACAUUGUAUGUUAGGAUGUGAAGAAAGAAUAUAUUUGCUCAGAAAUAUUUGAUAAUGAAAUGUUAAAUGAUGUCCACAGAAUAUUGGUUUGCAAGUGAAACACACACACAGAACUAUUUAUUACCUUUUAUAAUGUAGGAUACUGGAGAAAAAUAUAAUAGAACACAUAUUUACACAGAAAAUAUAUUGGCUUGUUUGUGAUGAUAUUUUGAGCUAUUUGAGAGUAGAAACAACAUAGCAUUCUCUGUCUACAUUGACCUGUUAUAAUUGUAGACAUAUGAUGUGGUUUGUUAUUGGCAAGAAUCAUGGGUGGAAAUCCCAGGGGGGACACGGGGGUCACGUCCCCCCUACCCAAAAUAGUAGAGGGGACACAAUAUCAAAUGCCCCCCCCCCCCACUAAUUUUGGUCUUUCAUGAUGGAGCAGAAUACAUUAUUUCACAGUCGAAAUAAUGCAUGUAUUUUGGACUAAAUGACCUUAUAUUUUGGGCAAAAGCCCUUUUUUUUCUUGUCAGAUUGUUUUGUUUAA